AAAACUAAACACGCUCAAAAAGAAGCAUGCAAAAGUGCUCUUUUCAGAUUUAGUAGGUUAGCAUGUCCGCAACUAACGAAUCGAGUGUUUUGGGAGAACCAAACGGCCAACCCGCGGAACCUACGGUCGAUUCUGAGCAACAGUCCAACGAUGUUGAAAAGAUGGCGAUUGAUGAACCAGAACCUGCAGCUGUCAUGGAAUCAGAUGAAGUCGAGGAUAAGUUACUAAACGAAGGCGCGUCGGAGCCGGAAUCGACCCUGCUGGAUGAAGCCGAGCUUCUGGAAGAAACGACAGACAACCCACAAAACGGUUCCCGUCGGCACGAGCAGGACUUGUUCCAGUCACACAGUGUCCACGAGUUGGCGCGAUGCUCGUGGGAUAAGGCGGCCAAACAGAACUACGUCCGGGGAUGUUUGUGGUCUCCGGAUGGCUCCUGCGUGCUGUCGACAGUAAACAACGACGGAAUGCACGUGUUUGAACUACCCACGGAUGUGUACGGAGCGGAGAAGGUGAGCACUGACCGGCCUGUCAAUCUGCUGGAUGCUGCGGUACACGUUCGGGAGAGUACGUUGGUGUACGACUACCAGUGGUACCCAGGAAUGCACAGUUCGGUGCCGGAAACGGCCGUUUGGAUUGCUUCGAGGCAGCACGAACCAAUCCAGAUGUGGGACGCUUACACGGGGAAGCUACGCUGUUCGUACAAGGGAUACAACGCGGUUGAUGAAGUCGAAGCUGCUCUGAGUCUUGCUUGGUCGCUGGACGGGGCGUUCAUCUACGGCGGGUACAAAAAGAGCAUUAAGCUGUUUGACGUGAAGAGUCCCGGGAGAGAGAUAUCCUCAUUCACCACCAAAGUGACAGCUUCCUGCAUGACAGCGUGCGCACCGUUGCCCAACCUGAUGAUCUUCGGAUCGUGGAGUCGUUCAAUAACGGCGCUGGUCACCAACUCGGGUGAUCAGCUCGCGGUGGGUCGAAAUUCGACCGACUGCAGUCACAACGCGGGCGUCACCUGGCUCAAGUUUAUUCCUCGGACGAAUCUGUUCGUGUCCGGAGGUCGCAAAGAUCCGAAGCUAAUGAUGUGGGACAUUCGGCAGAUGACAAAGCCGUACCACGUGCUGAAUCGAGUUUGCGACACGAACCAGCGCAUUUACUUUGACACAUCGCCGUACGGCGAGUGGAUUGUAAGUGGGAACACGGACGGAACGGUGCGAGCGUGGAACCUGCUGGAAGUUGAUACGGCCCACAAAUCGUACCAGCAGCUUAGCUUCCCCCUGCACCGCGACUGCUGCAACGGAGUGUCGUUCCACCCGACCAUGUCGAUCGUGGCCACCGCCAGCGGGCAGUUCCACGCUUCCACGACUUCAUCGGAGGAGGAAGAAAGCGCGUCACCACAACCAACGGAACCGGAAAAUUCCCUCACCCUGUGGUGGAUCGGCAAGACGGGACUUUCGGAAGAGUAACGGGGCGACUUUUGUUUUUCUUCUUUGUCCAAUUAGUUUAAAAUCUUUCUGCGUUUUAAUCAAUAGUAGAAGGGUUAAAUAUUUAUAGUUUUAUGUACAAAAAAUAACAAUAAAAUUAAUAAAGAAUAUUUGUUUUUUCUUUACGA